GGUCAAGCCGAGGAGAAGAGGGACGGUCCAAACGCGGUGGGAAGUCCGUGAGCCCGCCGCGGCCCGGAGAGCGGCUGGAGCCGCCGCCGCCGGGAAAAAAGGGGUGAGCACGCCCGGGCCGCCGCUGCCGCCCGAGCCAGAGGCGUCUGAGCCGGAGCCGCAGGAGAGCUAGGCAGUCGUGUGGGCCCGGGCCGGGGCGGGGGGCGCGGGCCGCAAGCCCAUGCUCCGGCCGCCGCUUGCAGACAGUGGGCUCCCGAUGCCGCCCGCACCCCGCUAGGCUAAGCGUCGGACCGGGCGAGCCGCCGCCGCCUCCGCCGCCGCCGCCCGUAUCGCGGGCAGGAGCCUCGGGAGCCGCCGCCGCCGCCGCUCGAAUCGCGGGCAGGAGCCUUGGGAGCCGCCGCCGCCGCCGCCCGGCCGGGCCCCGCCGCCGCCCGCGCGCCCCCGGGCCCCCGACACACAUGAGAUUCUUCAGGCUCACUUUCAAGUGCUUCGUGGACUGCUUCUGACCGCGCCGCCUGUCCGCCCCGCACCCCGCCCGCCGCCCGCCCGCCCGCCGCCCCGACUCCGGCCCGGCCGCCCCCGGCCGGCCCGCGCCUUCGGGGUCCCCAAGCAGCCGGCGCCCCCCGCCGCCCGUCCCUCGGCCCGGCUGCGCCGCCCUCUGGGACCAUGGCGAAGAAGAGCGCCGAGAACGGCAUCUACAGCGUGUCUGGAGACGACAAGAAGGGUCCGCUGAUCGAGCCCGUGCCCGACGGGGCCCCGGCCAAGGGCGAUGGCCCCGCGGGCCUGGGGGUGCCUGGCGGCCGCCUCGCCGUACCUCCGCGCGAGACCUGGACGCGCCAGAUGGACUUCAUCAUGUCGUGCGUGGGCUUCGCCGUGGGCUUGGGCAAUGUGUGGCGCUUCCCCUACCUGUGCUACAAGAACGGCGGAGGUGUGUUCCUUAUUCCCUACAUCCUGAUCGCCCUGAUCGGAGGAAUCCCCAUUUUCUUCUUGGAGAUCUCACUGGGCCAGUUCAUGAAGGCCGGCAGCAUCAAUGUCUGGAACAUCUGCCCCCUGUUCAAAGGCCUGGGCUACGCCUCCAUGGUGAUUGUCUUCUAUUGCAACACCUACUACAUCAUGGUGCUGGCCUGGGGCUUCUACUACCUGGUGAAAUCCUUCACCACCACGCUGCCCUGGGCCACGUGCGGCCAUACCUGGAACACUCCUGACUGCGUGGAGAUCUUCCACCACGAAGACUGUGCCAAUGCCAGCCUGGCCAACCUCACAUGUGACCAGCUUGCUGACCGCCGGUCCCCUGUCAUCGAGUUCUGGGAGAACAAAGUCUUGCGGCUCUCCAAGGGGCUGGAGGUACCGGGGGACCUCAACUGGGAGGUGACCCUAUGUCUGCUGGCCUGCUGGGUCCUGGUCUACUUCUGUGUCUGGAAGGGGGUCAAGUCAACAGGAAAGAUUGUAUACUUCACGGCUACGUUCCCGUAUGUGGUCCUUGUUGUGCUGCUGGUGCGCGGAGUACUGCUGCCUGGCGCCUUGGAUGGCAUCAUCUACUAUCUCAAGCCUGACUGGUCAAAGCUGGGAUCCCCUCAGGUAUGGAUAGAUGCUGGGACCCAGAUUUUCUUCUCUUAUGCCAUUGGCCUAGGGGCCCUCACGGCCCUCGGCAGCUACAAUCGCUUCAACAACAACUGCUACAAGGACGCCAUCAUCCUUGCGCUCAUCAACAGCGGGACCAGCUUCUUCGCUGGCUUCGUGGUCUUUUCCAUCCUGGGCUUCAUGGCUACGGAGCAGGGCGUGCAUAUCUCCAAGGUAGCAGAGUCAGGGCCCGGCCUGGCCUUCAUCGCUUACCCCCGGGCAGUCACGCUGAUGCCCGUGGCCCCACUUUGGGCUGCCCUGUUCUUCUUCAUGCUGCUGCUGCUGGGCCUUGACAGCCAGUUUGUAGGUGUGGAAGGCUUCAUCACAGGCCUGCUGGACCUCCUCCCGGCCUCCUACUACUUCCGUUUCCAAAGGGAGAUCUCCGUGGCCCUCUGCUGUGCUCUCUGCUUUGUCAUCGACCUCUCCAUGGUGACAGAUGGCGGGAUGUAUGUCUUCCAGCUGUUUGACUACUACUCGGCCAGUGGCACAACCCUGCUCUGGCAGGCCUUCUGGGAGUGUGUGGUGGUCGCCUGGGUAUAUGGAGCUGACCGCUUCAUGGACGACGUGGCCUGCAUGAUUGGGUACCGGCCUUGCCCCUGGAUGAAAUGGUGCUGGUCCUUCUUCACCCCACUGGUCUGCAUGGGUAUCUUUGUCUUCAACGCUGUGUACUCCGAGCCACUGGUCUACAACAACACCUACGUGUACCCAUGGUGGGGCGAGGCCAUGGGCUGGGGCCUUGCGCUCUCCUCCAUGCUGUGUGUACCCCUGCACUUGCUGGGCCGCCUCCUCACGGCCAAGGGGACCAUGGCUGAGCGCUGGCAGCACCUGACACAGCCUGUCUGGGGCCUCCACCACUUGGAGUACAGAGCUCAGGACUUGGAGGUCAGGGGCCUGACCACCCUGACCCCAGUGGCCGAGAGCAGCAAGGUGGUGGUGGUAGAGAGCGUCAUGUGACAGGCAGCCGGCUCCCAGUGCCAGCUCUCCCUCUUGUAGCCAUAGCAGCCCCUGCUUUAGAGCCCCCACCCCCUCCAGGGGGCUUGCCUUUCCCUGACACUUUUGGGGUCUGCCUGGGGGGAGGGGAAGAAGCACCAUGAGUGCUUAUAACUAAAAUAACUUUUUCCAUUUUUAAUAAAAAUGCCAAAAAUACCACAACCCACCAAAAAUAGAUGCCUCCCCCCACCAACCAAGCUGGUGCCCACACUGCUUCCCAGGCCCUGCCGCCUGCCCUCCCCCCAGUGCCUGCUGCCUCUCUGGGCUCUGCCCGGCCCACUCCCGGGUGGCCUCUCACCCGAGGCAGCUUGGGGAACAGAACAGGGCAGGGGAGGAAGGUGAGGGAGGGGCAGCAGAACCAAGGUGAGUAUUUCAACUGGGCUAGACCCCCUCUCCCCAUCCCUACUCUAGAAGCUUAGAGAGCCAGCCAGCAAUGGAACCUUCUGGUUCCUGCGCCAAUUGCCACCAAUAUCAAUUGUGUGAGCUUGUGUACGAGUGCAUGUGUGCGUGAGUAUGUAGGGCGUAUCUAGAGCUCUAUCUCUUAGCAAAGGUGAAUACCAGGUGUAAACUGUGCCUGUGGGCAAAUGAGGCUUGUAUUUUGCACAUUUUAUAAAAAUUUGAGGAGAGAGAUUUCUGCUUGUAUAUUUCUAAAGAGAAAACAGCCCCGAGGUCCCUCUCCUUGCCACACCCCAGUCCCUUUUAACCCCUCCUCAUUCCUCUGCCCCAGCCAAGGAGUGUGACUUCAUAGAUCUAAUUUUCAUAGGCAAAACAAGAGCUUCAAGCCGUCGAGUUUGCGAGUCUGUUGUGUGGGUAUGCAUGUAUAGUCCCUGGCCCCAGACUGAGGUGGAAAAGUGCACGGUAGGGGCCUUGACAGAUGUCCCCACUCUAUCCCUCUGCCCACAAGUCAUGGGGGUGAGUACGUGCGGUGUUCUGUCCCAGGGAUCUGGGGCUGCUUACCUGGCAUGCUCAAGCUUACCCACACCCUGCCCCUGGGCUGGGCAGACUGCAGGGAUCUGAGGUGGGCACCAGCCAGGGAAGGGAUCCAGGCUUGGCUCCCAGCUUAAAGCUGAUGCACUUUUCACGUGUCAAGUCUUCCAUGUAGCAGCUGUACUUAACCCACAUCUGUGUCAUAUGUAAUCCCAAGACGAGACAGCCGAGUGGAGCCUACCUAGAAAGACUUAUCCCACACCCCGAUGCCAGCUGGAGGGGAGGGGCUGGGUGAGGGCCGGGGGCCAGCGGGGACAUUCUUACUGUGCUAAAAGCCACUGCAAACAUAGCAAUAAAAACAUGUCAUUUUCCAAAGCUG